AUGGAGACCUCUCCGCAGCCAUAUCAGGAUCGCGAGUUCGGCCUGGAGGCCACCAGCCCUCCUGGCCAACUUAAAUACUCGGAUAUGCCUCGAUCAGAAGUGGACUUGCAACAGCAAGAUCAAAGCCAAUCCGUUGUCCUCCCAUCUACUACUAAAGCUCAGCCCCUUGAACCAUUGACAGCACCGGAAAGAGAUCAUCCAAGCAUAUCACCAGAGGAAGAAGAGAUGAUGUUUCGCGCAUUGAGAGCUGUCUUUGAGGAUGCUGGAGAGAACGAAGCCGACCUCGAAUUAGGGCAGUUGAUGGCUUCUCUCGAACUGGCAGAUAAAGAAGCGGUUCACGGCUGCCCAAAUAUAGAGGUACUGGAAGGCGUCAAGUCUCGAGUCUAUCAACUAUGGAGGUCCCAAUCGAGCUAUAUGGCACGUGUGACUGAAGUACUGGCAAAUGGCAGUCGAAAUCAUGAGAACCGGCAGCAAGUGGUGGAUAGAAAUUAUACCUUAUCGAUUAUCAGAUUGCUCGGAAACCCCGCGCUUGUUCAUGUGGCCAUCCCAGUUGUUUAUAAUAUCUGUGUUGAUUUUGGACUAUCGCUGGCUCAGGCUCCAGAUGACUCUCUAUCAAUGAUCAUCGCCAUAGCCUCAAAUUCAGAUAUUGCCCUGCCUCAUUAUAUAUCCAUUGUGAAUUCCCUUGCGGCGUAUUUGCAAAAUGACCGAUUCCAAAUACUAUGUCUCCUACACGGCCAUGUAGAGCUCGUGUUGUCAGUGCUUUUCGAUUCUUACGAGAUGGAACGCGGAGAAAUGUCUCCUGAAGAUGAGCAAGCUUUAGCUAUGAGCCGCCUGAAGCUUAACCACGCGCUUUCGGAUCUUUCGGGAUUACCUAUAUAUUCGAAAACGUAUGACCUGUUCUCUGCAGUUACCAAGACGUUGAUGUCCUGGCUCAGAACGUCCAAAGACCAUCUGCAGAUUUGCGCCUGCGUUAUGCUGGGAAAUCUUGCGCGAGAGGAUGCAAUUUGCGAAUCAAUGAUUCAGGAGUUGAAAGUCCAUUUGCCGUUGAUAGCAAUUCUUGACAGCAAUCCCAGAAGUACGGUCUUGCAUUCGGUGUUGGGAUUCCUGAAGAAUCUUACGAUUGCGGGUAAUAACAAGGAGCAUCUUGGAGAGGCUGGUAUCAUCGAACGAUUAUCCAAGCUAUGGACGGCCGAAACUAUUCCUCAAAUACAAUUCCUGGCAGCGAGCCUUACAAGGCAGGUUGUCCUGUCCUCAGUUGCUAAUAUAUCUCGCUUACUCGGCUCUCUAUCCCCUGACCCCGACUCGCCCGCCCAUUCACGCACCUAUCUUUCUAAUAUGCUCUCACUCUUCUCCAAAACUGACUCUCCGCCUACACGAACGGAAAUCGGUCGAACAAUAGCUGCAAUUUGUCGCGUUUUACUUCGUCUUAACCCCGGGCCGGAAGCGGCAGACACCACUCAGCAACUUACCAAGCGCCUGUUUGAUCUUCACGAAGACGUAGCCCGUCCAAUCGAAGCGAUGAUUGUUCAAUCGGAAUGGCCAGUCCUUCGGAGCGAAGGGUGGUUUGCCCUCGCACUAAUGGCUUCCAAUAAAAAUAGCUGUGAGGCCGUAGGCGAUUGCCUACAAGGCAUGAGUAUCACGGAAAUACUCUGCGAAACGGUACGGAGGAGAGCAUCGGAACCGUCUGAGGGCGAAUCCGCGCACGACAAAGCUGAACGGGUCAGGUUGGCGAAGGACAGGGAGAAUACCCUGAUUUUGUUGCACGGGUUACUACAACAUAAUCCCUCGACCUUAACCUCAACACGGAGGGAAAUUUUUGAAGAUUUGAUGCAUGACGUUGGCCAUUCCAAUUUGCAAUGA